AUGGGAAGCGCGGCCAUGGACACCAAGAAGAAGAAGGAUGUUUCCAGCCCUGAUGGGAGCAGCGGCAAGAAAAAUUCCAGCCCCAAGAGGCGUUCGCUGCGCGUGCACAUUCCGGACCUGAGCUCCUUCGCCAUGCCACUCCUGGAUGGAGACCUGGAGAGCACAGAAAAGCAUUCUCGCAAGGUGGACAGCCCCUUCAGUUCAGGCAGCCCCUCCAAGGGCUUCUUCUCCAGAGGCCCCCAGCACCGGCCCUCCAGCCCUGUGUCUGCUCCUGUGAGACCCAAGACCAGUCCUGGAUCACCCAGAACAGUGUUCCCAUUCUCCUACCAAGAGUCGCCCCCACGUUCCCCACGCCGCAUGAGCUUCAGUGGCAUCUUCCGUUCCUCGUCGAAGGAGUCAUCCCCAAGCUCUAACCCCUCUACCUCUCCUGGGGGCAUCCGAUUCUUCUCCCGCUCCAAAAAAACUUCCGGCCUCUCUUCUUCUCCGUCUACACCCACCCAGGUGACCAAGCAGCACACAUUUCCUCUGGAAUCCUAUAAGCAUGAACCAGAGCGAUUAGAAAACCGCAUCUAUGCCUCCUCUUCCCCUCCAGACAUAGGCCAGAGGUUCUGCCUGCCCUCCUUCCAGAGUUCGGCCAAGCCCCACUCAGCAUCACCGACGCACGCUGCUGCCUCAAGAACUGUAACGGCGGCGGCAGCGGCAGCGGCAGCAGCUCCGGGGACCGCUGGAGUCGGCAUGCUGGAGAAAUUGGAGUUAGAAGAAGAAGCAGUAGAAGACUCUGAAAGUGGCGUUUACAUGCGAUUCAUGAGGUCACACAAGUGUUAUGACAUCGUUCCAACCAGUUCAAAGCUUGUUGUCUUUGAUACAACAUUGCAAGUUAAAAAGGCCUUCUUUGCCUUGGUAGCCAAUGGUGUUCGAGCAGCGCCACUGUGGGAGAGUAAAAAACAAAGUUUUGUAGGAAUGCUAACGAUUACAGAUUUCAUAAACAUACUCCAUAGAUACUACAAAUCACCCAUGGUACAGAUUUAUGAAUUAGAGGAACAUAAGAUUGAAACAUGGAGGGAACUUUAUUUACAAGAAACAUUUAAGCCUUUAGUGAAUAUAUCUCCCGAUGCAAGCCUCUUCGAUGCUGUAUACUCGUUGAUCAAAAAUAAAAUCCACAGAUUGCCAGUUAUUGACCCUAUCAGUGGGAAUGCACUUUAUAUACUUACCCACAAAAGAAUCCUCAAGUUUCUCCAGCUUUUUAUGUCUGAUAUGCCAAAGCCUGCCUUCAUGAAGCAGAACCUGGAUGAGCUUGGAAUAGGAACAUACCACAACAUUGCCUUUAUAUAUCCAGACACUCCUAUCAUUAAAGCCUUGAACAUAUUUGUAGAAAGACGAAUAUCAGCUUUGCCUGUUGUGGAUGAGUCAGGAAAAGUUGUAGAUAUUUAUUCCAAAUUUGAUGUAAUUAAUCUUGCUGCUGAAAAAACAUACAAUAACUUAGAUAUCACAGUGACCCAGGCCCUGCAGCACCGGUCACAGUAUUUUGAAGGUGUCGUGAAGUGCAAUAAGCUGGAAACACUGGAGACCAUUGUGGACAGAAUAGUGAGAGCUGAGGUUCAUCGGCUCGUGGUAGUCAAUGAAGCAGAUAGUAUUGUGGGUAUUAUUUCUCUGUCUGACAUCCUCCAAGCGCUGAUACUCACACCAGCAGGUGCCAAACAGAAGGAGACAGAAGCUGAGUGAUGCUGUGAGUGCAGGUGCCCUCAAGAAGAACUUGAAAAGCACUCUGGGUCACAUUUUACCUCUUGAACACUGACCACAAUAGAAGAGAGUAAAAUGGCUAAGAAUGUAUAUCAGGGUUUAGUGAUGAGUAUUUUUUUUUCCAGUUACAUUGAAACAAAGCCUAAAAAUGAAAGAUUUAUGCGCUUGAAGAGUCAGGCUUGCAUUAAAAGACUAUGCCAGACCUUAGUCUGAGAUUUCAGAUGCUGUCUGUCAUAAAAAUGCACUGUGUCCUGGAAGUUGUCUUAUUUUCCAUUUCAAAGGGUCUGCUGGUGUGCGGCAGGUCAUGUGACAUAAGGUGAGUGUGUGGCAUAUUCAGAUCAUAGUGCCUUAUGUCAGAACACAGCAAUAUGUCAUCACAGCUAGGGCACACUGGUGGGCAAUCUGCUGGACUGUGAAUGUCUGAACCUCUUACCAAAUCAGCUUGUUUUCAUUAGAUUUGUCCAAAAGUUGUCAUCUGAAUAUGAGUAAUUACUUUAAAAUUUUAAUGGCAGUUUUGUGUUUAAAUGUUUUGUUGUGAACUAUAUACAAUGUAAAACAAGACUGCUUUUUAAACAGCUUUAUUUAUUUUUACCUUCGUGGCAAUUUUUUACACCUCUUCUGGUGGGCAAACUUUACCUUAUCCAUUAAUAAACUAUUGAUUGUUAUUUUAAAAUGAUAAAUUUCUCAUUAUUUAAGUUUGGAUCUGGAAAGGAUAUGAUUUUUAAGAUAGACACUGGUAGGUUGUAAAACUUAGUUUCUGGAAGCCUGCAUGGAGACCAACUGCAGUGCAGUGAAGGGCAGCUGUUGGAGGACGUGGAGGCAGAAAGGCAUCUAUUUUUCCUUAUGUAUUGAAAUGUGAAAUCAUGAUGUUUGUAUGACUGCUGAUGAAAUUUCUUUUUGUAAAUCUUAUUGUGGCACAUACAGUAUUGUCAUACAGUUGAAGAGAAACAAGUUUCCUAGUGUAAGUGCUUCUGAAAAUAUUGACACUGUAUAUAUGAGUAUAGUUUGAUUUUUUGGUUGUUGGGUUUUUUUUGUUUUGUUGGCAAAUUGAAGAAAUUAAAAUAAAUCCUACUAUCUA